AUGGUCAAUCCUCGCACAGAUGCCACACUCGUGCGUCUGGAUGGAUUGUUGAAGGCUAUUGCGGAUAUGGAGUUACCAUCCCAAAAGACGGCAAUUCAGAUCGAGGCUUUGAAUUCAGGAUUUCACGUUGUAGUUGCGAGCUUCUCAUGUUUCACCACAGAUGACCUUUCUGAAAAAGCCAAAAAAAACAUAUGUUCUUUACUUUUUUAUUUGAUACAAGGUUGGUCCUUUUCCUUUAGGGCUCUAAAAUUCUUAGGUAAUUGUUCACGAGCAUGUGAAAAUUCUACUAUUUACUAUUGUUUCUUGCCCAUUUCCAGCUCUCUUUCGGAGUUUGGAGUUUUAGGCUUCGAACUAGGUUAUUCCAUGGAAAAUCCCAAUUCGUUGGUACUCUGGGAAGCCCAAUUUGGUGACUUUGCCAACGGGGCUCAGGUGAUAUUUGACCAAUUUAUUAGCAGUGGGGAGGCAAAAUGGUUGCGUCAAACUGGAUUAGUUGUCCUACUGCCUCAUGGAUAUGAUGGUCAAGGUCCUGAACACUCAAGUGCUCGUUUGGAGCGUUUACUUCAGAUGAGUGAUGAACAUCCCUAUGUUAUCCCCGAGAUGGACCCUACCCUUAGGAAACAGAUUCAGGAAUGCAAUUGGCAGGUGGUUAAUGUUACUACUCCUGCAAAUUAUUUCCACGUUUUGCGUCGCCAGAUUCAUAGGGAAUUCCGUAAACCCCUCAUUGUGAUGUCCCCAAAGAAUUUACUUCGUCACAAGGAAUGUAAAUCAAAUUUAUCAGAGUUUGAUGAUGUUCAAGGACACCCAGGUUUUGACAAGCAAGGAACAAGAUUUAAACGUCUCAUAAAGGACCAAAAUGACCACUCAGAUCUUGAAGAGGGUAUUAGACGUUUGGUUCUUUGCUCUGGCAAGAUUUAUUAUGAGCUUGAUGAAGAGAGGAAAAAAGUGAAUGGCAAAGAUGUCGCAAUUUGUAGGGUUGAGCAGCUUUGCCCCUUCCCAUAUGAUCUUAUCCAACGUGAGCUGAAAAGAUACCCAAAUGCAGAAGUCGUGUGGUGCCAGGAAGAGCCCAUGAACAUGGGAGCAUACAGCCACAUCUUGCCACGGCUUGGAACUGCGAUGAAAGCUCUCAAUAGAGGUACCGCGGAUGACGUCAAGUACGCUGGCCGAGGUCCGUCUGCUGCUACUGCAACCGGCUUUUACCAAGUUCACGUCAAGGAGCAGACCGAACUUGUCCAGAAAGCCUUGCAGCCUCAUCCAAUUUCUUAGGUACAAGUAACCAUUUCAUGAUCGAGCCAGCAGGUGCUUUUGCCAUUUCUUCCCCUUCGCGAAACUGUGCAACAGUCAUGAUUUAGGCUGUCUGUUUCUGUAUUUGUGAAUAAAAUUUGUCGCUGAACUCAUUGAGGCACUGCCUCAGUGUUACAUUUUGGAAUUGUGUACACUUUGGUGAUGAUUCCUUUCAGUCUCAUGACAUUCUCAAUCAUACGAAGUUCUUUUAAUU